AUGGAUCCUAUAGCAGUUUUACAAAGUAGAAUUGAACAACUAGAAGCUAAAUUAGGUUUGUCUCCAGAAAUAUCUAUGGAUGGUCAGCAAGGUGACUCUGUUACUGCGAAUCUUUUAAGCACUGCACAAGCCAUCAAUAAUGCAACGGCAGGACACGAAAAGCUUCAUGAAGCUAUGCAAAUGGCCUCAGAGUUGAACAACUAUAGUGAUCCGAAUUUCGUUGAAAAUUUGCAGAAGAAUGAUUUACAUAAACAAGAAGUACUUGCAGCUGAACCAGUGAUCAGACAUCACUGUCGCUGUAUGCAGCAAUGUAAACAGGCAACACCAGUUCUGGAGUCGGAGGCCAUACAAAAAGCUGCUCAAAUGCAGCCCACUGUAGACAAGAUGCACGCUGCAGCUGCAGAAGUAAAGGCGGAAGCUGAUGCAGUAUCGCAUGGAAUUCAGCAACUAGCCGAAACUUGCGGAUCGGCCGCCAAUGAUUCAUCUCAGCAGUUGGCUAAUGUUGCUCAAAUGGUGGAGAAAGUUGAAACAAAAAUGUUUCCUAAACGAAGGAAUGGUCUUGAUUGAAAAAGCUUUAAAUUUAUAACAGAGAUAUAUUUAAUACAUCCGAGGUGCUAGCACCAAUGCUUAAAUUUUACUAAUAAAAACAAUGGUACUUUUA